AUGACAGUCAAUGCAAAUUUUACCUUUAGGAAAGGUAAUAAAUCACAGUCUUCCGGUGGACGAGGCGCUCUGCUGGCAGACAUUCAAAAGGGAAGGAAGCUGAAAAAAGCAACGACGAACGAUCGAUCUGCACCUGCCAUAGAAGGGAAAACAUCUGUCGGCUCUUCUGGAGGUGGUAGGAAUGGCGCUGGUUUCGCAUUACCUCCUGUGCCAGGAGGUAGACGUGGAGGCGCUCCACCAACGCUACCAUCUCGACAUACCGGUAAACCACUCGCAACUGCUUUAGCCGCUCCCCCACCCGUACUUCCAUCCCGAUUACAUUCCUCAGCAUCAACCAGGUCAAACAAAGAGGUAGAAAGUAUAUCAGAACGUAUAGGCCGAACAUUACCAACAUCACGAUCUUCGAAUUCCUCUUCAACACCCCCGCUACCGGCGAGGAAUACUGCUCCGCCGAUUGGGAAGAAACCGCCACCGCCUCCUAUAUCGAAGAAACCUCCGUUAACAUUACCAAAAAAAUCUUCUGUGGCAGUAGAGAGAACUAGGCCAGUUUCGAAUGCGGUAAAAGGUGAUAUUAUACGAAAUACUACUAGGAUUUCGAGUACAAGAUCUGUGGUAGUCACAUCUCAAGAACGAUCAACGACAGAAGGCCGCUGGACUUUCCAUCCCUCUUCUGACUUUCCACCACCAUCCUCUUUCAACUCCUCAGUAAAGACAUAUCCAUCCGGAUCGUCCACUGGUACGACUGUGCCUUUAGAUCUGUCUUCGUUAUCACUUCAGGGCACGCCUCAACGAGCGCCGCCGCCACCACCGCCGUUUGGUCUUAAGCCGGGGGGAAGACGAUGA